ACUUUUUCUAAAUGAUACUCUAUUGCACACUUAUGUUUGGACGCGAAAGAAAAACAUGUCUCAAAAGAGGAAAAGAAAAAAAAAAAAAAAGAAGUCUUGGUCUUCUGCUCCUCAUUUUGCCGCCCGCGCCAAGAUCCGCAAGACCGCCCAGAAGCUCCUCCUCAACCACCUCAAGGCGAAGAGGCUUGAAGAAUUGGCAGCCGAGAUCAAGAAGCGGAAGGAAGGAUUGAAGAAGAAGCAGAUUACGGACGAGGACACAAAGGGGGAAAAGGUGUUGGAUUCGAAUGAUGAAAUUGGGGCUGAAGGAAGCAGCGUUCUACCUCGUGGUGAUAUGGAAUCAGGGGUUUCUUCCCAGGAAAACCAAGAUGAGCUAUUGGCUGCAUCCCUUGCUGCGGAGGAAGAGAUGGAGAUCAAUAAGAAUGUGCUUACAUCCGAGGGUGGUCUGGAUGAAGCGGAGGAUGACAAUGAUGAGAAUGAAGAAAUGAUUUUUCCAAUGGAUAACAUCCAUAUAGAUCCAGCAGUUCUAGCCUCCUUGCCUCCAUCAAUGCAAUUGGAUCUUCUUGUUCAGAUGAGGGAGAGCAUCAUGGCUGAGAACAGGCAGAAAUAUCAGAAAAUUAAAAAGGUAUGGAACUCUUAAAAGAUUUUUUUUUUUAAAUGAAUCUUUUAUUGCCUAAUAUUCA